AUGCGCAUUGGGGGGAAGACGUGGGUGUUUCUGAAUUCUUCGAGAGUGGUAAACGAUCUGAUGGAGAAGCGGUCAGCGAUCUACUCGUCGCGCCAGUACAUGCCUAUGGCAUCAGGGAUAUUGUCGGGCAAUAAUCGAGUUCUGCUCAUGCCGUACGGGGAGAGGUGGCGGAUGCUUCGUCGCAUCAUGCACGCCAUUCUGAACAAGCAAAACGCACCUGUUUUUGCGCCCUUCCAAGACGUCGAGUCAAAACACCUGCUGUAUGAUUUCCUCCACACUCCUGAACUGUGGUAUUCGGCUACGCAACGGUUUGCAAACUCGGUGAUCAUGAGCGUCGUGUUCGGGAAGCGGAUGGAGUUGGAAGACCCCAAAAUCCGAGAGUUGUUCGACACCUCCAACGCCAUUGUCGAGGCCAUCCAGCCCUCGGCGAAUCUUGUAGACUCGUUGACAUUCUUGGAGUACCUGCCGAAACCUCUGCAGUGGUGGCGACCCAGGGGCGAGGCGAUGUUCGCGAAAACGGUCAAGGUGUAUCAGCGGGAGGUGGAAGAUGUGGAGAGGAAGAUGAAGGACGGGACUGCAAAGGAUUGCUUUGCGACGCGAUUUCUCAAAUCCCCAGAGACAAAGGACUAUGGGCGGACUCAAACCUUGUUCGCGCUUGGAUCUCUCAUGGAAGCAGGCAGUGACACAUCUCGCAUGACCCUCAGCCAAGUCGUUGCGGCCGCGGUACUUGACAAACGAUGGGUCGAUACGGCGCAACAGGCUUUGGACAAGGUAUGCGGUAGCAAUGCAGAGCGCUUGCCGACAUUUGAUGAUCGAAAAGACCUUCCAUACAUUACUGCGGCAGUCAAAGAGGCAUUUCGAUGGCGGCCGUUUGCCGAGAUAGGGGUACCUCAUGUCUUGAUCCAGGACGAUGAGUAUGAAGGGUACAAGUUCCCUGCUGGGACAUUGUUCACGUGGAACGCGACAGCUAUCGCCCUAGAUCCACGGGAAUACGAACAACCCGAAAGGUUCUGGCCCGAACGGUUCUUGAACGCUGACCUCGAUCAUGUCUUGAGAGGACAUUGGAGCUUCGGUCCUGGUAAGUCUCCAGGCAGUGCUUUCGAUGUCGUGACCUACUCGGUAGACACUAACUUCUGCAGGGCGCAGAGUAUGUUCGGGCUACAAUGUCGGGGAGUCAAAUGUCUGGAUUAUGGUCGCUCGCUUGUUAUAUUGUUUCAACUUCGAGGGCAUUCCGGUGAGCAGAUUUUCUCUUACAAACAACAUGAAGGCUAA